AUGGCCAGAAGCUUGAGUUCGCAAGCUAGGAAGUACCAGGAAGUCCCUGGAGACGCAAUCACGGACGAGGAGGAGCUGCUUCAAGCAUUUGAUCUUGCCCUUGCCGAGGCCGCUGAGAAGGGAGAGAAAGAUCCUGCAGAGGAGCCGAAGGCAUGGUGGCGCUCCGGGCUUUUCAUCCUGAUCACGGGUGUCGCUGCAUUAGCUGCGCUUCUUCUUUUUUCUAUGGCUGCUGGCGGAAUGCGCUAUUCCAGAGCCUGGCGCGGCACAGGAAGCACAGAGCUGUGGCCAAAGCCAGCGUUUUCGAAACCCUGUGCUGGCGAGCUCCAGGUGAACGGUCUGGGAACCGUUUACUUGGUCAACGCAAAGUACAAUCUUCCAGGUGACCCGGCAGGGAAUGUUUGGAUGGAGGACUCAAAGGUGGUCCUCACGGACAAGGGCCGAACCUAUUGGGGCAACGCUUGUCCAGAUCCGAAAGGCUCUCACGAGUUUCGGCAAUCUGAGUACACGGAGCUUUAUCUCCUGAACAAGCGCUUGGAGUAUACGAUGGAUCUCCGUGGUGCCGACUGUGGCUGCUUCUUGACAACACCUAAGAGCCUAACAACUGUGCUUUCGGUGUGGCUUUGUGCUCUUCCAAGUGGGAUCAAGAGAGAUGAGAAGAGCGGGCAGCUAGGCAAUGCAGCCUUCUACUUGGUGUCCAUGUCCCGGAGCGAGUGGCCGACAAACUGCGAGGCGCCAGACACAUUUGUAAGUUUAGAGUUGCCAGGUUCUGAAACUUACAUUUGUGCAAUGUUCCGCAUUGCUGGUGCAAAAGUGCCUCCUGUACCACUUGUCGCCGCUUGUGAACAUGCCGAGGGCUCUUGCACGUAA